AUUUUCCUUUGGGGAUUAGUAAGAACUCGCUAUUGAAGACCAGGCGGUUUGUAUUAAAAUUGCUGGCUUCACUGCACAAUAGUGUGUUUAACUCUUCCCUGUUUUAUUUUAAAGAAACUGACCAGGGACACUGCGGUUUUCCCCCCAGUUACAGAUAUGAGGCUGUAUUUGUUUCUGGCUGUCACCAUGAUGACCCUUCUCAUGGAGGUGGUACAAGGGGCAGAGAAAAAGAAACUCCAAAUCGGGAUAAAGAAAAGAGUGGAGAAUUGUCCCAUCAAAUCCCGGAAGGGGGACGUACUCAACAUGCACUACACCGGAAAGCUGGAGGACGGGACUGAAUUUGACAGCAGCAUACCGAGGAAUCAACCCUUCACCUUCACCCUGGGAACUGGACAAGUGAUCAAGGGCUGGGACCAGGGGCUGUUAGGGAUGUGUGAGGGAGAGAAAAGGAAGCUGGUCAUCCCAUCUGAGCUCGGUUAUGGUGACCGAGGAGCCCCACCUAAAAUCCCAGGUGGAGCCACACUCAUCUUCGAAGUGGAGCUGUUAAGCAUUGAGAGAAGAUCUGAUUUAUAAUGCACAGAAUCCGAAGCUUUAAUCUGUACCUGCACUGAGGACAGCCAAUCACUGCUGCUCUGGAGAUUGGUUUAAAGAUGAAAAGUCACACUUGUGUACACGUGAAAUUCAAUAAAACGAGUUAAACAAACAACAAAA